GUACCUCUAUCCACCAGGAAAUCACGAGCACGCAAGUCCUCCACUCGACCCUGAACGUGGAGUCCAAGGUCACGGACACAGUCCCGGAGAAGGUGGCUGCCAUCGAGGAGUACCUCUACAAGCCCUUCUCCGUCGGAGAGAACGGCGCCAGAGCGAAGGUCCACACCAAACUGACCCUCACCAACACUGCUGCUCACAAGGGCUCACUCAACCCCAAAUGCUCGCAGCGCCGCACCAUAAUGUUCGAGACGCCGCACGAGGAGGCCGGCAAAAGCAACGCCAACGCCGUGCACGCCGCCGUCAGAGACACCGCCAAGGCCGUCGCCAGCGAGGCCAGCUCCAAGUCGGCUGGACAGUUCGCUCAGCUCAUUAGGAUCAUGCGUUCCGCUAAUAAAGACGACUUACUGAAGGUGUUCAACCAAGUCAAGGGCAACAAUGUUGAAAAGCGCGUCUUCCUGGACGGUUUGUUCCGCGCGGGCUCCGGGGCCAGCGUUGAGGCGUCCGUCAACAUCCUGAAGCAGGGCCAGCUGUCCAACCUGGAGGAGGAGGUGUUCUACCUCACCCUCGCUGGAGCGAGACACGUCAACAACGAAGCUGUCAAGGCUGCUGCUAGCCUCAUCGACCGUCCGCAAUCCAACAAGAAGGUGUACAUCGGCCUGGGAGCACUGGCCGGCGUGUACUGCCGCAACCACGACUGUCACUCCGGGAAGUCCAGCGGCGUCGCCGAGCUCAGCCAGAAGUUCGGCGCCAAGCUCAACUGCAGGGCCAAGGACAAGGCUGCUGAGGAUGAGGCCGUGUUCAUCCUGAAGGGCAUCCGCAACAUCCGCCACCUGGAGGACAGCUUGAUCGACAAGGUGGUGCGCUGCGCCUCCGACGCCGGCGUCAAGCCGCGCGUCAGGGUCGCUGCUCUCGAGGCCUACCUCGCUGACCCUUGCUCUGCUAAGCUCAAGAAGUCUGCCCUGGACAUAAUGAAGAAUCGCCAGCUGGACUCCGAGAUCAGGAUCAAGGCGUAUCUCGCCGUCAUCGGCUGCCCCUGCGGAGGAUCAGCCAACGAGAUCAGCAAGCUCUUGGAAUCCGAGCCAGUGCACCAAGUCGGCCGUUUCAUCAGCACGUCCAUCCGCCACAUCCGUGCGUCCACCAACCCCGACAAGAAACUCGCGCAGCUCCACUACGGACUCAUCCGUCCACCCACGAAGUUCAACGUUGACGACAGGAAAUACUCCUUCUACCGCGAGGCUUCCUUCAACGUGGACGCCCUCGGCCUGGGAGGCAACGUGGAGGAGACCGUCAUCUACUCGCAGGACUCCUUCCUGCCAAGGUCUGCCAGCCUGAACCUGACUGCUGAACUCUUCGGACACAGCCUGAAUGUCCUUGAGGUUGGAGGUCGUCAAGGCAACCUCGACCGCGUCGCUGAGCACAUCUUCGGCCCGAGGAGCAUCUUCCGCACCAAGAAGCCCCAGGACAUCUACGACGAGCUCAAAAAGACCUACGACGACACCAAGAAGGAAACCCAAGCUCACCUGUCCAGAGGCCGCCGCUCGGUCAAGGUUGACGUCGACAACUUUGACAAACACUUGAAAGAAGAGGCUGAACCCUACAACAAUGAGCUGGAGCUGGACGUAUACCUGAAGCUGUUCGGAACUGAUGCUUUAUACCUCUCCUUCGGAGACGACAAGAGCUUCGACUUCCACCAGUUCAUCCAAAAACAGCUGCAAUUCGGAGAUGGAGUUUUGAAUAAGUUGAAGAACUUCCAGCACGAACUCCGCUCUCAUCUUCUGUUCCUUGACGCCCAACUGACGUACCCCACCUCCACCGGUUUCCCUCUGAAACUUAACCUUGUCGGAGCAGCCACCGCCCGCGUCGACAUCGGCGCCAACGUCGACGUCCGCCAGAUCCUCAAGUCCCCCCAGAACGCCAAGGUCGACAUCAAACUCGUGCCAAGCUCUGACAUCGAAAUCGCCGGAAUCCUCCAAAUCGAUGCUGACGUUGUUUCCACCGGUCUCAAAGUCGUCACCAACCUCCACUCCUCGACUGGCGCCCACGUCAUCGCUCAAGUCUUAGAAAAUGGCAACGGUUUUGACCUCCAACUUGGCUUGCCCAUUGAGAAGCAGGAGAUCCUCACUGCGUCUCACGACUUGGUGUACUUCACUGCUGAGAAAGGACAGCCCGAGACACACGUCGCUUUGAAGACUGGCGCUGAAAGGAAGGACUACUCUGGAUGCUUCGACCAGCUGUCUGGUCUCCUGGGCCUGACGCUGUGUGGAGAACUAUCUGUGCCAUUCUCAAUUUCUGGACCUGAUGCCCAAGCUUCCAUCUCCAGCUUCUUCUCUCGCUACCCUCUGACUGGAGUCUCAAAGGUCAAGUUGGUGCUGGAAAAGAACGAUCUCCGUGGAUACCACGUCAAAGGAGUUUACCGCGUGACCAAUGACAGACGCAACUUUGAACUUCUGUUCGAAGCUGAAGGAUCGAAGAACCGCCGCACCCAAAUCACCGGAGAGCUCGUAGCCAACCUACACGAAAAGACUGUCAUCUUGUCUCUGGAUUCCCCUAUUAAGAAGGUGCACGGACAAGUGUCUCUGUACACCAAGCCUUCUGAGUAUGCUCUCGUCCUCAAGGGCAAGUUAGACAAUGAUAAUUAUUACGGUAAGGCUGGAUUCAGCGUUCAAGGCGAUGAGCGUCGCAGUGUGUUCAGGCCAGUCGUUGAAUACGAAAUGCCGCAACAAAAUGGCAAGAAAUCCCUUAAGAUUGACGGUGAAGUGAUCAGGGAAAACAAUCAACAGUCGACUAAAUAUACACUGCAAGGAGUCAAGGUCCAUCUGCCAAAUGCCAAGGACGCCGUCGAUGUAAAUGGACACCUGAGCACCAAUCCUCAAGGAAUAGACUUGGACCUGAAGGCUAAGCAGGGAGAAUACAACUGCCUCUUGGGAGUCAAUAUAAUCGGCCACGAUUUCAAGGCUGAGUUCCAGAACAAUUUGAACCCAGUGAUUAACUUCAGAUUGAAUGGACACGUGGAAUAUGUUCGAAAUGAAUUGAUCCGUCAUGACUUCGACCUCACAUACGGUGGAGACCUGCGUGACCCCAACAGCCGCGUCAUCUUCAACCAACUGCUGAAGACUCACUACAAGAGCCCCGAGCAGUUCAACGUUAUCACUAAGAACAAGUUUGAAAUCCUCGCUCUCCCGCUGAAACUCCAGGUCGAUGGUGAAGCUGACCCGAAGAAACUGGACGUAGGAAUCAAGGGUCAAUACUUUGACAAGCACGCAGGAUUAGAACUCGAGGCAAGGACCCAGAUUAAAAAGCCUGGUGACUACCACGUUAAGAUGUCUGCCGAAUUUGACAAACAAGGCAUCGAGGUUCUCUCCAAGAGGGAUAUUAUCAACCCUGACAAGUCUAACUUCGAAAACUACAUCCAGAUCAAGAAUAUUGGCAAAUACGAGCUCUCUGGAGUUGUGCUGCACAAGAACAGGCCGAACGACAGGAACAUUGGAGCCAUCGGUCACCUGAAGGUCACUGCUAGUGGAAAGAAUGAAGACAUCAAAUUCGACGUUGGAAUGAUCGAGAACAACAAACUGUACUCGUCGCACGCCAAGAUCACGUACUCCAAGGGGGAUCUCCUGGACUACCUUCUGAAGGUCACUCGCGGAGCCAACGCCAGCGGACAGCUGAAGUUCAUCCUGAAGGACACGGUCGCUGCUAACGGACAGUUCAAGGUCUCCGACGGAGACGGCAAGGGCAACGGAAUGAUCAUUGUUGAUUUCAAGAAGUCUCAACGCAAACUCAAGGCCGAUGUGAAGUUCGUAGCCAAAGAGCCGGUGUUCAACGCAGACAUCGACAUCUUCCUCAACUUCGAAAAAGACAACAACGACAAGAUCCACUUCACCACCAACACCAAGAGCACCGCCAACUUUGUUGACACCAAGAAUAAGUUGGAGUACGGCGGCAAGAAGGCUGAGGUCAACGUCCGUGCCGAGGGCUCGCUGGAGGGCAAGUCCCACGCCAACGUGGAGGUCGUGCUGCCCACCGAGAGGUGCCUGAGCCUGAAGGUCGACAGGGACAUCGCCUCCAAGGACAACGUAUACAACGGCAACAUCGAGGUGGUCUUAGCUGACGCGGAGAAGCGCGGCGCUGCGGCUUCCAAGAUCGCUUACAAGGGCAAGAUUGUGAACAGCGACGUCGACAAGGGCUUGUACCACUACGAAGGACAGGUGGACCUGGCUCUGAAGAACGGCAAGAACCUGCAGAACCAGUUCAUUCUCAAGAACAGCCCUAAGGACGACAAAUACAACUUCUACUUCAAGAGCGACUUGACCGGCAACCUGAUUCCGCAACCAGCGUCGCUGUUCACCAACGUGGUGUACAACCAGACGUCCACCGCCUUCUACGACAACAACGUGCAGAUGAAGGGCAACUACGGAAACGACUACGCCUUCGAGGUCACUGAUGUCUUCCAAGUCCUGAGUAACAAGUACGUCGAAGACUUUGCCGUCACCGUGCGUCUGCCUUUCGAGAAGGCGCAUGACAUCAAGUACGUCUCGAACGUUCUCUUCGUGGAGUCUGACAAAAAGGAAACCGAGUACACCAUCGUGGAGUACGUGCAAGUGAACGCCGAGCAGUACAAGAUCGAGACCAACGGCAAGUUCGGCCUGAAGGAGGGCUACGGCAAGGCCAAGGUCGUGGUCCCGCACAACGACCCCUUCAUCCUUGAGGGCAACUACGAGGUCUACCAGGACGACAAAAACACCCACUUCAAGGACUACGUGAAGGCCCACCUUAAGACCCAAUACGGUAAGGGCAAGACCGUCUCCGUGGAACUUGAAGGCAAGUCGGGAGCGCCCAAGUGGUACAACCUCGGCCUCAAGCUGAAGGCCCCGCACUACCCGCAGUUGAAAUCUCUUGUGCUGGACGUUUCCACCUCUUCUCACACCCCUGACUCGCUGAACUCUCUGAUCAUGAUCGACGUCAACGAUGGACUCGCCGACAAGUACGAGUUCAACGUGGUCUACUCCAAGGUCAACCCCAUGGUCGAGUACCACCACUAUGUGCCCACCAACGCUCCCAACAAGCCUAAGGACAACAGGGUCCUCAUCAAGGGCUCCCACCUCAGCUCCACCCAAGGCAAGGUCGAAGUGAAGAUCGAGAACAUUCGCGAAGUGGAUCUAGACGCCGUCGUCGAAGGCAACGUCCAGAAGGACAACGUGGCCUUCAAACUGGUUGCCAACUCACAGAAACUGGGCUUGAAGAACUACAAGGUGGACAUCUCCAGCAAGGACGCUGGCAGCGGCAAACGGUUGGAGUUCCACGCUGAAAAUGACAACAAGAACGUUCUAAGUGGAAGCACUUCGUUCAUCAGCAAGCAGGAAGGCCCCAAGACCAUCAUCGAGGGCUCAGGCUCCGUAAAGGUCAAGGAAGAACAGAAGUCCGCCAACUUCAAGUACAUCCGCACUGUGCUCACCGAAGGCAACGAGCAGGGCAUUGAGACCUUCCUAAACGUGGCCAUCGGAGAGCGCAGCUACGUCGCCGAGUCGCGCGUCACCAACGUCGAGUACAAGACGUCCUACGUCUACUGCGAGGAGAAGAAACAGUGCGCCAACGCCGAGUUCCACUCCAAACUGAACCUCCAGAAACCAGGCGUGGCCCAGCACAUAAUCAACGUUGUGUUCGACCUGCGCAAGCUGGGCAUCGCUCCGGAGUUCGGGCUCGAGAUCAACAGCGAGAUGUCGGAGUCCAAGCUGCCCCAGUACAGCCUCGACCUGCACGUCAACAAGGAGGACAGGAAGUACCACUUCCAGGUCUACAGCAAGCCUACUUAUGGACGCUUCCCCGCCGGCGUGGUCAUUACGCUGCCGCACCGUGUGCUGGCCAUCGAGGCUUUGGUGGCCUACCCCACCGACAAGGCGCUGCCGUUCCCCAUCAAGGCGGAGCUGUUCCUGCACCCCGACAAGAACCACCCACAACAAAAGUCCGGCGCGCGCUUCGUGUUCGACGUCACCGGCGACGAGAAGGCCCACGCCGCGCUCGCUGAGGUCGCCUUCAGCCACCCGAAACUUGGCAAGGAGGCAGUGGCGAAGGUGAAGGCCAACCUGGCCGUCCCUGACAAGAACAGCUUCAAGUAUGAAUCCAGUGCGUCCAUCUCCCACCCGACUAUUGGAGGCAACCGCGAGAGCAAGAUCUACUUUGAAGUCAACCCAGCGCACGUCAAACUUUAUAUCGAGACUCCCCUCGUUAAGGUGAUCGACAUCGAAGGCUCCGCCACCGUCAAGGAGAACCUACAGCAAGCUGACGCCCGCUUCAGCCUGCUCGAAGGCAAGCCCGUCUCCGUGCGAGGAGUCGUCAAGGACUUCCAGUACUACGAGUUCACAACAGAGGAGUCCGACCGCAAGCUCUCGAUUGUUGGUCAUCUCCAGCCUGAAAAGCGCGUGGACAUCAGCGCUGACAUCAUCUUGGGAGGAGAGAAGAAGAACAUUGUCCAUGGAGCCCUGUUCCUUCAGGAUAACCUCGUCAAGAGCGACUACGGCGCCACUAAGGAGAACUUCAACUACUUUAUCAACGCUUUGAAGAACGACCUGCAAACCCUGGAGAAACGUAUCAAGCAGCUAGGAGAGAAGGCCAGCUCAGACUUCAAGGCCACGCUGCAGAGGGUCAAGCCGACCCUCGAGGACCUCACCAAGUCCUACCAGAAGGACAUCGAGAAACUCUACGAGGAACUCGCCAACGACAAGGUGUUGAAGGACAUCACUUUGGCUUUGGACAACGCAGUGCAGUUCAUUGGAGGUAUCAUCAGCGACAUCGUCAAGGCCACCGCGCCUAUCUUCGAGCAGAUCAACAAGGUCGUCACUGAGACCGUCAAGAAGAUCGAAGACAUCUAUGCCUCCAAGGUGGAGCCUCAGAUUAAGCAGCUGUACGCGACAGCCGGCGCGCUCCUGAAGGAGUUCUUCGAUGGACUCCUGGACUUGGUAGCACACUUCGCAGCCAUCGUCACCGACUUCUUCGAGAAGCACAAGGCUGAGCUGCAGGAGCUGACCAACACCCUGGCUGAGAUCUUUAAGGACCUGACCCGCCUAGUGGUAGCUCAACUGAAGGAGCUCCGCGCCAAAUCCUCCGCCUUCUUCGAGGAUCUGUCCAAACAGAUAAAGGAACUGCCCAUCUUCGACAUGAUCAAGGAGAAAUACCAAGAACUGGCUGUUCCUGACGUGAUCCUGGACUUCACGCUUCAGCUCCACAACACCAUCCAGUCGCUGCUGCCCACGCCCGAGACCAAGGAGUUCUCUGCCGCCGUCUACAGAUACCUCGAGAAGAAACGCCUGCACGAGAAGCUGGAUGAGAACGCGGAAAUGCGCGCGUUGUAUCAGAAGUUCACGCGCGCGCUCACCUCGCUCGUGCAAUUCGUGCGCGCGCAGCUCGGCCAGUUCGGCGUGCCCAACUUCGUCGUCAACCCGCUGGCCAUCUUCGGCGGCCCGUCCCAGACCAGCCCCGGCGGCUUCGGGCGCCCGCCCGCCUUCAGCUUCAUCAACCAGCUCCUCAAUGGAGACGUGGACGACCCGCACAAGCUGCUCCGCGAGUACAGAGUCCGCAGCCUGAACCCGCUUGACGAAUACCCCGCUAAACUGCGCGCAUUCAUCGUGAACGGCCAGCAUAUCUUCACAUUCGACGGCCGCCACAUGACGUUCCCCGGCGCGUGCCGCUACGUGCUCGCGCACGACUACGUCGACCGCAACUUUACGAUCGUCCUGCAACUGGCUGCUGGUGCUCCCAAGGCGAUCGGACUCGUCGACAAGAGCGGAAAGACUGUUGAGAUCAAGGACAAUGGACAGGUGGCAGUCGACGGCGCGACUCACGGCUUCCCGGUGAUCGAAGGAGACAUGUUCGCGUUCCGCGAGCCCAAUGGCCGCGUCGGCUUCGGCUCUAGAUACGGCGUCAUGGUGCGCUGCAGCCCCAAGCUUGAGGGCUGUCUCAUCGAAGUGUCCGGCUUCUACCUCGGCAAGCUGCGCGGUCUCCUCGGAGACGGCAACAACGAACCCUUCGACGACUUCAGGCUGCCUAACGGAAAGAUCUCGACCUCCGAAUCCGAAUUCGGCAACGCAUACCGGCUGGCGUCCAGCUGUCCUCAAGUGAAGACUCCGGAGCACUCGCACCACCAGAUGCACGGCGCGAUGCCGCCGGCGUGCGAGCAGGUGUUUGGCGGGACUUCACCGCUGAAACCCCUGUCGCUGUUCAUGGACGUGGCUCCCUUCAGACAAGCGUGCGCGCACGCAGCCACCGGCGACGACGCUCUCCAACAGGCCUGCGACCUCGCUCGCGGCUACACUGCACUCGCUAUUACUGGCUUACUGCCCGCUGUGCUCCCGUCAGUGUGCGUGCAGUGCCAGGACGCAGACAAGCCCAGGAACAUCGGCGACACGUACGAGUUCAAGCUGCCCAACAAGCAGGCUGACAUCGUCGUCACCGUCGAGACCACUGUGAGCAACGAAAAGAACUUUAAGAGCGUGGUCAUCCCCCUGGUGUCGCAGCUCGUGGACAACCUGAAGAGCAAGAAGAUCGCCGACAUCAAGGUGUACCUGGUCGGCAUCACCUCCAAGAUGCCCUACCCCAUCGUCUAUGACACUGACCUGAAACUGAAGAACGCCAAGGUGCAGUUCGAUGACGAGAGCCGCUACCAGAAGACACCCAUCAUCAGCACGGGCUGCGAACAAGCCGACAAGGCCAUCAAGUUCGGUGCCAACUUCAUCGAUGCACUUAGGACCCAGCUUGGUCUCACAAACGUCGUUGCCGGCUACGAAUCAGUCUUGCAGCUGCCUCUGCGCCCUGGUGCGAUCAAACACACCAUCAACGUCGUCGGCGAGAGAUGCCACAGCCAGUUCUUCCUGGUCGAAGCCGUCCGCGCUGCCGUUUUUGAAACCUUAUUCAACGAGAUGGCGUACACACACUCUCUGGUCGCCGUCACCGACAACCUCAAGAUCGGCAGCGGCAAGAACGCCGCUCAAGUUGUUGGUUUCACGGAACACUCCGUCCUGAUGCUGGGCGACAAGAAGUUGGGCAAGGACACCGAGACCUUGAGGUCUACCCUCGAGAUCCCCGACGACGCUUGCAUCGACUUCGUUGAAUCGACGGGCGGCUUCGUGUUCUCCGCGAACAACUACCAGGCGCUGGACGCGGGCAGCCAGAAGCAGUUCGUGCAAUCGGCCGCGGGCGCCAUUACGGCGCGCAUGACGCGUGACGCGCUCGCGCAGGAGUGCACGUGCGCGUACGCAGACCCGUUCCGUGCGCGCUCCGUGUGCGUCAACAAGGACAGGAAGGAGGCUGCCCGCAGACGAAAGUAGACCACCAGCUCAGACCCACGAUCUAACUGUGAUCCACAUCGUGCCAUAGACGAGUAGCCUAGUUGCCAAAGUGUUUAGAAUAAAGAGUCACUAAUUUCAAUCUUUCAAACUAUUCAUUUCAAUGAGGGUUUUCGCGAAUGAAAGAUCCGCUAGAUGGCUGGACGUGGAUGUGGGGUCUGACUGCUGCGUGAUUGGUGGAUUUUGAUAUAUCUGUCAAUGUCAUGUCAAAAAUAACCAAUCAUGCAGCAUUUGGACCUCGCGUCUACGUAUUGCUAUCUGGCGGAUUUUUCAUUCGCGAAAACCCUAAUUGAUCAAGAUUGACACAGUUAUCGUUAUUGUAAAAUUUAAAGAUUUAGAUCUCUUCAUUGUUUUUAUUGCUCUUAUUAUUUAGUGACUUUCUAUUUUACAUGUAAAGUAAUAUUUAAGUCCAAAAUGUAGAAUACACUAAUGCAAACGAUACACAAACGUUCCCGGACGCGUGUGUAUCGCUUGCAUUCCAAUCAUUUAAAUUCGUACCAUUGCAAACAUUGUUGUUAACACUA